AUGCUGGCUACUGUUUCUAGCGAGUGGUUGCGUGUCAUUCGACUCAUGUUUGGACAUGACGAUGACGAUUGCCCUCGACGCUCAACAUCGAAACCCGUUCCCCAAUCCACAGAUAGGAUCGAAGCCAAGCCCAUCCCCAGCUUAGGCCAAGCCUAUGGCUGUCCACUCGCUUCCGCAUCCCUCCCCCACGCACCAGAUAUCUCCUUACCGGCCGAGUGGCCCGAGUCAUUGAAGUCACGACACGGCGGCCACUGCAACGGCAUCGGCACGGCCCAUAGCAGGGUCAGAACAUCGAGUGGCGCUAGACCCGGAGGACGGGGAAGCAGAGUACACCGUACCCGGCCGCUGCGACGCAGGUUCACGGAGCAGGGGUUCUCGUCUCGGUCAAUCGCCCAGUGCGUUCACCGAGUACGGAGUGCGGACGGCGGACUCUUCGAUUGGGCGCUGGACUGGGACCACAAUGACGCCACCACGCGGAUGCCACGGACCGGCGCAACGUUGAUAAGUUCAAGUUCCUCGUGGCGGGGAGACGCGAUGCCGUUAUUAGUGGCAACGACCGCGCAACCGCGCUCCCGAUGUCACGGAGCUGCCGACGACGGUGGUCUUGAGUCGCGGCAUGUCGCAUUGGUCGACCUGGAGGAGAGGAGCAACUUUUCCAUAUCCGUCAUAUUGGUCAGACGCACUGAUGAAGAUACUCUGACCCGGGACUUGGUCGGCGUCAAGAAGUUUCUACGUGCUGGGGUGCGCGGCGCACAAGAACGGUUUGAACGCCAGAGACCCCAGCCGCUGCGAACUUAUUGCUUCUCCCUCGAGACGAACAAGUUCGGGGUAGCAUCCGGAAAGCCAAGCCGGUGGAUAUAUGUCGUCGGCGGAAUUCUACGGAUAUCGAGACGGUGUAUGCAACAUAAGCACUGGAACACCACGACCUUGCCUACAAGAGUCCAAGACCGCCAAGACGCUUUUGUGGCGUGGUUCUGGGGAGGGAGCCAUAGAAGACCGCUUCCGGAAUAUAGGACAUCGGAUCAAAACCACGGGAGUGUCCUUCUUGGCCAUGUCGUUAUCCCUGAGACGGCGGGGGCUAUUCUUCGUAUGAUUACCAUCCCGUCUCGCUACCCGAUUCUAGUCCAACUGUCCAGCUGCCUGAAGGCCACCGUUCACGACUCCAUGCAGUCAAACCUGCGGGGCUUGCAGGCAGCAUCGUAUUUAUCAACGGCUGAGGCAUUUCGGCGAACAACAAAAACGACGAAGAUUGAGAUCAUCACCCUCGUCCGAGCCGUCCCCGUUCUUGCUUGGCGCACAAAUCGGACCAUCGAACACUCGAACUUCAAUGUUCUCAACCCCCUGCGAGGCUGA